UCACUCUUAUAUUAGCCCCUCCUCUUUUCUUCCCUGCAAAGUAUCUUCUUAUUUAGUUCCAUCUGUUCUGUUGUCUUGGAGGUACCCUUGCGCAAAGAAACGCUUUCCAUCAUCUGUCAGGGAAACAUAUUGCAGUCCCUUUCAGUUUAAGGGACCUGGUCGCCAUGGCAAGAAUGUUGUUCAAACUUGUUCUAUCUCUCUCUCUCUUUGUGUCUUUGAUUUUAUCAUCCAAUGCACAAACUUGUGCCAAGUAUGCCUUCUCUAGCAACCGCGUCUUCAGGUCAUGCACUGAUCUUCCCGUCCUGAACUCCUUUCUUCAUUAUAACUAUGACUCGUCAGAAAAGCUUGAGAUUGCCUACAGGCACACGGGGAUCACUUCCUCCAGAUGGGUUGCAUGGGCCAUAAACCCGACCUCAACAGGCAUGGUCGGCUCACAGGCACUUGUUGCCUAUCAACAGACCGAUGGAAGCAUGAGAGUCUACAAAUCACCCAUCACUCAAUACCAAACGCAGCUGCGAGAGGGUAAUCUUAACUUUGAUGUCUCGGACUUAUCCGCGACGUAUGCAAACAGUGAGAUUAUCAUAUUUGCUACCUUGGAACUUUCCAAUAAUGGCACUACUCUGAACCAAGUGUGGCAAGAAGGUGCCCUCUCUGGGAACACCCCACAGAUGCAUGCUACUUCUGGCACCAACGUUCAGUCUGUGGGAACCUUGAAUCUGGUCUCUGGUGAGGCUGGAGCAGCUGGAGGAGGAAGUUCAAGACUUAGAAAGCGAAACAUUCAUGGGGUGUUAAACACAGUCAGUUGGGGUAUCCUGAUGCCUAUCGGUGCUAUGAUAGCAAGGUACUUGAAGGUAUUCAAAUCUGCGGAUCCUGCAUGGUUUUAUUUGCACGCUUCUUGUCAAUUCUCAGCAUAUGUUGUUGGUGUUGCCGGAUGGGGUACGGGUCUCAAACUCGGCAGUGAAUCCCCUGGCAUUCAAUAUGAUGCUCACAGAACCAUUGGGAUCAUCCUUUUCUGUCUUGCAACACUUCAGGUAUUUGCUUUGCUUCUAAGGCCAAAACCAGACCACAAACUCAGAUUCUACUGGAACAUCUACCACCAUUUGGUGGGAUACACUGUCAUAAUCCUUAGUGUCAUCAACAUAUUCAAGGGAUUCGACAUCCUGAAACCUGAGAAGAAGUGGAAGAAUGCUUACAUUGGUAUCAUCGUGGCUUUGGCCUUCAAUGCUUUCAUGUUGGAAGCCUACACAUGGUUUGUUGUGGUUAGGAGGAAAAGGUCAGAAAGUGCUCGAAAGAUGGCUCAUGGCGUCAAUGGUGCAAAUGGAAAUGGGGUUAACAGCCGUGGUGCUAGGCCACAGCAGGCUUAGAAACUUUUUCUUUAUGUAUCUUCUCUGGCUUUUUUGGGUUUUUCUUGUUUCCUUUUUCCUUUUACUUAGAUAGGCAUGAUGCUGCACCCUCAGUUAUAUUUAUGUAUGAGAUUUUCUGAGGGAUUUCAGGAUUAGAUGUUAUUCUUUCAUAGACCAUAAGUAGUUCUAGGAAACUCUGGUUGUACAUUGUAUUCUACAUGCUACUAGAGGAUACGUCUGUCUGUUUC